UUCAACAUAUUUUUGAAUGCACUUAUUACUCUGAAAAUGUUUCAGUGCAAUUCUGUUUGAAGCAAAGUCAAAAUCAGCAAAUAAUUAAAGUAAUCCCAGGCAUUCUUCUUGCGAACGUAAUGACGCCGACAAAAGAAAAAGCAAAAGUGUAGUACUACUACAGUAACUGUAUUACAGUUUCAGUUAGUUAGUCUGACGUAGUUAGUAACUGUGUAGUACUAGUCAAGAAGCUAGAGGGAUCUAGUAUUCACUAGUUAGUGAGUCAGUGUAGUCCUAGUGACAAGUGAGUAUAAAUAGUGUGAGGUUUGGAAACCCCAACUGAUCCACUUGCGGCAAAUGGAUCUCUAACUAACUCAAUUUUGAUGAAUUUGGUACCGGUACUUCCCCAAAAAAUGUUAAGGCUAAGGUAAAUUUGACGGAAACACUGGGUUGGUUAUCACUGGAGGAAUGGCCAUGAUUAUCCAGCCUGGAUUCCAGGCAUGUCUUGAUGUAGCCUACUACAAGAUAAAAUAUGGGCUGGUCCACUGAUCCAACAUCAAACAGAAACUUGUCCCUCUCCCCCCUAGACAGUGGCGAGGCCAUGACGGGCAGUUCCUGCUCAUAACAGCAAGAGCACAGUACAGGAAAUUCUCAUUUUUGCCAAAGACAAUCAGGGACUGGAACAAGCUUCAAAAAGUAACAGUUGAGGCGACAACCCUUGACACAUUUGCUUCUAUUUCCUCAAGCCUUCCAACCCCCAGUUCCUGAUACUCUCCCCAUGUAGCCCCUUGCAACCAGUGAAGUAUCCUCUUCAAUUCCAGGCACAAAAACAUUGUGAAUCCCCUAUACAUACAUAAGAGCCAGAAUGAUCAAUAUUGAUAGUGGGCCCUUAAUAUAUAGAAGAAUAAAAAGGUCACAGGUUUUGACAAACAAGAUAGUGGCAGUUUAAAAAAAAAAAAAAGUAAAAAAAUAACAUUAAAAAUAAAAGCGAAAAAAAUUAGUUAAAAACAUACAAAUUAAAAUUUAAUUAAAAUAAUUUCAGCCUUGAUAGUGGGCCCUUAAAAUAAAGAAAAAAAAAAAGGUCACAGGUUUUGACAAACAAGAUAGUGGCAGUUUAAAAAAAAAAAAAAGUAAAAAAAUAACAUUAAAAAUAAAAGCGUAAAAAAUUAGUUAAAAACAUACAAAUUAAAAUUUAAUUAAAAUAAUUUCAGCCGAAACAUAAAUUUCGUGGCAAGUGGCAAUACUUCAUUGUAACCAUCUGUUUGGCAAGAAAUAUCAACAACCUAUGGUCGCCCCCUUUUAGACACAAUUUCAGCUGGUACAUGCUUGUUUCCCUCAACUAAAAUAUCCAUCCGGCUACAAUUAAACAUUGGGAUCAAGAAAAAUGUAAAAUUGAAAAACAAUACAAAAUAAUUUUAAAAUAAUGAAAACCCAACUUACAGUUUCAUAGAAUACACUUAUACACUUUAUUUCAGGCUCCACAAAAAACAACAAAUUCAAAAGUUGACAGAAAAUUAAUAAAUACAAUAUCAUAUCCAUUUUCCAAAAUCUCAGAACAUUUACAUAUUAUUAUUAGCCAACCAUGAAAUUUCAAUUAAUAAAACAUUCCAUUGUCAUAGUUAAUUUUAGUAACAACACAAUGGGGAGUAAAUCUAACACAGAAACUUAACAUAAAAAUGUAAAUGAUGUCAUGGCGCAGAUUGUCUAUUUUAGCCAAAUUAAAACAAAUUAAGGUAAAUUUAUGCUUUCCUUAGCAUUUGGGUCGUGUUAGGUAGUACUUUGCCAUGGCAACAGACAUGUAAAAAAAUGUAGUACCCAACGCAGUGAAAUAAGGGAGAAGGGAGACGGUGUGUUACAGUAAAAUAAAAAAAAUUAAUUGAAUGGUUUAAAUAUAAAAAAAAAUUAGCAAUAUAUUUUGUUUGUGGCGAAAGUAGCAACUUUAUUGUAUCCCUUUAGAUAUGCGUUGACAUCAAUGGUAUAUCCGAAGCUGAUGUUACGGCUAGAAUCGGCAAGACUAUGUCAACAUUUGUGCUAUUAAAGAAAAUAUGUGAGUCUAAGGACCUGACUCUGCAAAUCAAAGUCAAAGUUAGAAUUUAAACGCAAAUGUCAAAACAGUCCUACUCUAUGUAGUUGAAACUUGGAGAACAAUAGUGAGCAUCACGCAGAAAUUACAGACCUUCACAAAUGCUUGCCAUAAAAAGAUCCUGGAUAUCAAAUGGCCAAACAUCAUCAACAACCAAGACUUACUGGAAAAGAUAUAUGAAGAGCCUUUUGCUGAAGACAUCAUGAGGAAAAGGUGGAGAUGGAUAAGGCACACUCUUUGUAAACCCCAGGUUAACAUCACCAGACAAUUCCUAUCAUGAAUUCCACAGGGAAAAGGAAGAGAGAAAUAUCAAAGAAUUCAUGGAUUUGUCAGCUAGAGGCAGACACACAAAGUUUAGGAUACACAUAGAAGCAACUGGAAAGGAAAGCACAGGAUUGAGAUGAAUGGAAAUUAUUGAAGAUGACCAAUGAUCUAAAUGGCAUAAAAGGUAUAAGUAUAAGUAAGUAGCUAGAUAUGCUGCAAGAAGUGUCAACGACCUGCGGUCGCCCCUUUCCUGGUGAUAUUUCUGCCGGUAAAUUAAUUACAUGCCGAAAGUAGCAACUUUAUUAUAUCCCUCUAGAUAUGCAACUAUAUGUGCCAAUGACCUGUGGUUGCGCCCUUCCCUCAACUUAAACAUCCAUGCAACAAUUACACACUGUUGUGAGAAAAGUGUAAAACAUAAGAACAUUUUUAAAAAUAUUCGUUUAAUAAUGAAAACCCAACUUACAGUUUCAUUGAAUACACUUUUACACACUUAAUUACAGGUUCCCCUGAAAAUACAAUCCAAAAUGUCACAAAAUUCAACAUGCAUUUUUCAAAAUGAUAAGACAGUAAGACCCCCCCCCCAAAAUAGCCUUGUUUUGAAAUAUUGUUAUUAACCACAAUGUAAAAUUAAUUUUAAAAGGUCAUUAUUCAAAAACAUUGAUAUUUUAAUAUUAAAAAAAAAGGAAAGUUAACUCUUACAAAUAAAUAUGGGGAGUAUAUAUUCAUACACAGAAGCUCAGGGUGAAUUGUAAAGCGUAAAUUGACCAAAAGUAAAUAGUCCUGCCUAAUGUUUAGAAGUUUUAUUUCAUAAUUUAUUAUAGUGUGUCGAAAUUUACUUUUCAUUGGCUGCAACAAUGGCUUCUCUGCAAAAAUGGUUGACCCUUAGGGUCUAGUUUGACAGCUGCCAGUGUAUGCUGGCACUCACUGCCUUAAGACAGGAAAAUUAAAUUACAUGAAUAUAAUUGUAAGCGACACAUUUUUUGAACAUGUUAAAAAUUUUGUUAAAAUUUCUAUUGUUUAAAAACUCUACAGACUCUUUUAUGUCUUCUUUACUUUAAUAAGAUAGAUUAUUUUCAUAAUAUUAAAGUUGAAAAGUAAUAAGAUUCUAGGCCUAAUGGUUAAUUUUAAUAAAAGACAUAAACAAAAUUAUAUAAUGUAAAAUAUUAUGACCAGGCCUACGUAUAGACAUACACAUAUUUUAGCUAUGCAUUCAAGUUUUAUUUGUCUAUUAUUUAAUUUUUACACAGCAAAAAACAUGAUCCACAAUAUGACAGCUUGAUUAAAAUUAAAACAUAUGUUAAAUGCAGAAAAAAAAACUCAGAAAAGAUGUCACAGUGGUUUCCCCUUUCAAGUAUAAUAUAAAGGAAAACCCAUUCAAUCUGCCACAAGAAAUAUUCUGUAAUGGGAAGAACAAAACAUAAGUUUUGACCAAAAGCCUUCUUUGGUGAGCAGAACAAAACAUAAGUUUUAACUGAAAGCCUUCUUUGGUGAGCAGAACGAAAUAUAUGUUUUAACUGAAAGCCUUCUUUGGUGAGCAGAACAAAACGUACAUUUUAACUGAAAGCCUUCUUUGGUGAGCAGAACAAAACAUACGUUUUAACUGAAAGCCUUCUUUGGUGAGAAGAACAAAACAAAAGAGAGUAUUACCAGUCUUAGCCAUCUUGGUGCCCUCUGACCUGUCUUAGCCAUCUUGGCGCCCUCUUGGCGCCCUCUGAUCAGUCUUUUCCAUCUUUGCGGCCUCUGACCAGUCUUAGCCAUCUUUGUGUUCUAAGGCAAUCAUAGUCUUUUAAGCACCAAUUGGCUCAGGCGAUUAAUAUAUAAUUCCCUUGCCACUCUUGGGUGCUGCCUGACUUCACCUCCCAAAAAGCUUGCAUUGGAAGCAAUCAUUACAAACUUCUUUUUCAAGUUCCUGGAGAAUUCAGGAAACAUCAUCAUCAUAAUACAAUUAAGGUGCACUCAAAGUCUUGCUAUUGGAACAAAUAGACAAAGAUGAGAGAGUGAGACUGACAAAUUUAGCAACUCUCCCUCACUUUAAAACAAAAUACAGCCAGAGUCAAGGCUAUCACUCAAGUUGGAGCCUUGGUCAUCUUUGCAUGCGAAGGAUGAGCAAUGAUGUAGGGAAGCUAAAGACAAGAGCAAAAGAUUUAUGGCAGACCAUCAUAAAACUGAGCAAUAAUAUUAUUUCUCUUAAUGGAAUUCAAUUGAGGUUUAGCUUGGUGGGUAUUUUUUCUUUACAGACAGUGUAGGAAAACUUACUUCAAGGAAUAUGAAAUGUAUUUUCUUGGCCUACAAUGUCAGUCAUGAGACCAUCUAAGACAUAUAACGUGUUCACCUUUUCAUCAUGAUAACAAAAGUGCUGCAUUACCUUCAUUAUUUUUGUUUGUUUCAACAGGUGAGAAGAAUCUGACAAUACAGAAUAACCAGGUUUCAGGUGAAGGAUGUUGACACAUGUCAAUGUGGAUAAACCGUCUUAAGCUCUUGUCUCAAGCAGUUGUAUUGUUUUUUCUACCGAGAACAUUAGUGAUGGCCUGGCGAUCCAGUGGCAACAGCAACACCCAGCUUGUGGAAAAUCUAGCUAGUAGGAAUAUUGAUAGAAACAUAGUAGUGAAUGAAUUGUUUAUCGACACAUGGUAUUUUAUGAAUGUUGAUGACUGUGUGUCAUUGAGUACAUGAUUCAGUGCAGGUGUGUCAGUGUGCACAUGUUUAGAUACAAUUGUGUCAGUGUGUACUUGAUUAUAAACCUAAUGUUUACUAAUGUGGCUGAAUCUUGCAAUGUUUUUGUUUUUGCAGAAAAUGGCAUCAUUAAAUCUGACAGAGUUGUUAAUGCUAUGUUGAAAGUGGACAGGGCUCAUUUCUGCAAGGCUAAUCCUUAUAACGACUCCCCACAGAGCAUAGGAUAUGCAGUGACAAUAAGUGCUCCACAUAUGGUAGGUCACAGGCUUCAUUGCAGCCUUAUAUGUCACCCACAUAACACAUGCACACAUAAUUUAUGUGACAGAGUCCAGACACGAUUACUCAAAACUGUUUCUCACACAUUCCUAAAACUAACAUACUUGCACUCAAAUGAUUCCAUAUGUAAUUACACUCAGAUAAUUCCCAAUUUGAACUGCGUUAAAUGAUCGUUAAGAAAACAACAAAAAAGUGAAUAUUUGGCAUUGAGACGAAACUGCCAAACAUUUUGUUGAUAAAUUUAUAUGGAUGAGUGGUCCACUUAUUUUGUUAGUGGGUUUAUAUUCUGACAACAGUGAUCUUGUGUGUUCCAGUACCUUGUCAGGGAUGAACAUCGACACAAUUAAAUGCUCUCCAUUAGAAUAUUGGAAAUAAUGUAACGGAACACUUCAACCAACUAUACAUUUUCUUUUUUGGUUAGGAAUUCAUAGAUUAAAAUUUCAGAUAGGCUGUGGUCAGCAGCAUGGUUUAAUUGACAAGGGUCAGCAGCAUAGGUCAACAGGCAGGGGUCAGCAGCAUGGGUCAAAGUGCAGAGGUCAAGCCAUCUUUUAGUAUAAUUUAUGUUGAUGCCUUUUCCUUUCUGUACAGCAUGCUCAUGCCUUGGAGCUUCUUUCUGAUCAUUUGACGGAAGGAAGUAAAGCUCUGGAUGUUGGAUCUGGAAGUGGAUAUCUUACCGCCUGCAUGGCCUUGAUGGUAGGUUGCGUGGCUUUGAUGGUAGGUUUGUAUGGCCUUGAUGGUAGGUUAUAUGGCUUUGAUGGUAGGUUGUAUGGCUUUGAUGGUAGGUUGUAUGGCUUUGAUGGUAGGUUGUAUGGCUUUGAUGGUAGGUUGUAUGGUUUUGAUGGUAGGUUGUAUGGCCUUGAUGGUAGAUUAUAUGGCCUUGAUGGUAGGUUUUAUUCCUAGAUGUUAGGUUGCAUGGCCUUGGUGGUAGGUUAUAUGGCCAUGAUGGUAGGUUGUAUGGCUUUGAUGGUAUGUUGUAUGGCCUUGAUGGUAGGUUGUAUGGCUUUGAUGGUAGAUUAUAAGACUUGAUGGUAGGUUGUAUGGCUUUGAUGGUUGGUUGUAUGGCCAUGAUGGUAGAUUAAAUGGCCUUGAUGGUAGGUUAUAUGGCUUUGAUGUUCAGUUGUAUGACCUUGAUGUGUGACUUUGAUGGUAGCUUGAUGGACAUUAUGAACAUUCUUUGUUUUCUUGUUUAACAAAUAAAUUAUGAACAUUCCAAUUCUAUGCCAGGUUGGAAAAACUGGGAAAGCAGUUGGGAUAGAUCACAUCCCGGAACUUGUGGAGGAAUCUAGGAACAACAUUGGGAAAGAUUUAAUCACCAGAGUCCUAAUGGAGACAGAUCGGCUCUUGUUGGUGGUAGGAGACGGCAGGCAAGGCUAUCUCCCAGAAGCCCCUUUUGAUGCCAUUCAUGUUGGAGCAGCAGCGCCAGACCUACCAGAAGCAGUAGGUAUCAACCAAUUUGGCAAAUAAUUAUAGUUUGGGCUAAGGGGAAUGGUCAUUUAAGUAAAAUUCCAAUUCGUUGAGAUGGGUUUAUUGGAGAACUACGUUGACGUUGAUGUGUAUUAAACCCUAGGUUCUUUCUUGGAUUAAAUCCCUAAUUCUUUCUUAUCCAUUGGCAGGAUGUCACUACAAAAUUCAAUGUUUAAAAUCUACUUAGCCAUAUAUUUUACCCCCCCCCCCCCAAAAAAAAAAAUUUUGUUAAAAAAUGUCUAUUGUUUUAUUAAAAAACAAUAGGCAUUUUUUAAUAAAACAAUAGACAUUUUUUAACAAAGCAGUAGACAUUAUACGUUAACCGGUGGUGAUUGGAUUUUAAAAGUAUGUCUAUUGUUUUAUUAAAAAAUGCCUAUUGUUUUUUUAUAGUUGAUUGAGCAGCUGAAACCUGGCGGUCGCCUGAUUAUUCCGGUUGGCCCAGCUGGUGAAAACCAGAGUCUAUUACAGGUAGGUUGGUAGAUCAGAAAUACAUAGAUAGUAGAACAAGAUAUUUUGGGCUUUAAAAAAAAAAGACAGAACAAUUGAAAGGACAUUUCAGCUAAAUGCCUUCUUCAGUAUAAACCAAGAAAUAAAAAAAAAUUAUUUGCAAUGAAAAACUUAUUUUUAAAAAAAUCAAAAUGUAGCUGUCUCAGUCUCUGGGCAGUGGGUUUUUUUUUUUUUACACUGAUGAAGCUACAUUGUGAUCUGGUAACACUUGAGUUUUUAAUUUUCUUGUUUUGUCGUUCUGUUGAUUGUUCUGUCUUUUUUUUCAAGGCUUUUAUAUUCUUGUUCCACUAUUUGUUCACACAGCUUGAAGCUUGAAUGUUUCCCCUAUAUAUUAUCCUUUAUCAGAAAUACACUAUUGACAGGUAGGUUGAUAUGUCAGUUAUACACUAAUGACCAGGUAAGUUGUUAUAACAGAGAUACACUUAGUGACUGGAAGGCUAUUUGUAUCAAUUGAUUUUAUGUACUCAAUUCAAUAAUAUAAUUAUUAUUUAAAUAAACUGAACACAUCAUUAUCUUUUUUAAAAAAUUUCUCCUCUAUUGCCGAUGUUCCCUGUGACAGGUUGACUAAUUGCCCCCUAUUGGCGAUAUUCUCUGUGACAGGUUGACAAGUUGCAGGAUGGAUCUAUAGUACAGAAGAACCUAAUGGGAGUUCUCUAUGUCCCUCUAACAAGCAAGGACAAGCAGUGGCCCAGGUGGAGAUAACUAGCAUGUGUUGGUAUUGUUUGUGCGCGUUAACUGUCUGCUAUGACAAAAUUGUUUCCUCCCCUUGUCCAACUCAUUAACCUGUCAAUCUCAUGUUAACAUUUUGCCUAACCCAUGAACUUUCUGGACAAUCAGCUGCCAUUAUUGCUGCUGCUGUGGUGUUAUUGCAGAUAAAAUAGGCCUCUACCAAAAUUAAUCUUAUAAAUGUGUAUCAAAAGUUUUAAUUUUUUUCAAGGGGAUAACUCUCAUAAACUAGACCUGUUAAAACAAUCUUGUAGGACUUGGAUAUUUUCCCUGCAAAACAAAAGCCUAAUUUAUUUAAAUUAUUUCUUGAAGAAAAUGAUUUUGAAGAUCUUUUUUUGGCAUUACUUAUGCUGGUGAUAAUUAUGACAGUGGAGCUAGUUCAAGCUCUAAAUGUGGACCAUAUGGUACUAAUGAAUUUAAUAGGCCUUAAUGUUAAGAAAUAUAUAUGUAAGUCACAAAUGAAGUUAUUAACACACAAAAAAUUCUAUAAUUUCAAUUUUUUUUCUACUCUUUAAACUGAAAGAAUACUGUAUGCCGUGUCUGAAAAAAAACUUAUUUCGAUGAUAAAAAGGACCCAACAGUGUGGGUAUGAGUUGAAGACAGAUAAACAGUGGAACAAUUAUACACAAUGUAGAAAGUUCAAGGUCAUAUUUUUUAUUUUUUUACAUAGCUCACAGAAUACCAAAAUUGAUACCACAUGAUUCCUUGUCCAAUUUAAUGUCAGAAUAUGCAUACUUUGAUGGGUCUAUGGAUUGAUUUUCUGUUAUUUUUUGGGAUUUGAGUGAUUCAUUUCAGUUACUAAAAAUGGCUUGACAUCACAGCACGAUUGUACUGGACAGUUCCUGGGUUAAAAAAGCAAGACCCUGAAACUAAAAUGAAUGUCAUGCAAGAUCAAGAAGGCUUACCGCCAAAUAUUUUAUUAUAUCAAUCAGGCCAGGUUUAUUAGUUAUUUUAAAAGGCGCUUUAUUUUUGAAUGAUGAUGACUAGUUGAGUACAUUACACGGGGACAUGUAAGCACUGACACAACAAAAGAUAGUGGAAUCUGUAAUGAUGCAUCCAUUGAUGGGUGAAAUGUAAGCACUUAAAACAGCUAAAUAUAUUGGAAUCUGUAAUGCAUCCAUUCUUGGUUGGAAUUCAGUUUAUUUAUUGUCAUCUUUCCCACGAUAGCUAGAUAUGUAGAUACUGGCUAGCAGCCAAUGAUACACAGUACAUCUAUAACUAUAUUACUUCAAAUUAUUUGUUCUAUUCCCAGAAGAUUUCUUCUUUCAGCAAAAAAAAAAUGUCAUUGUUUUUCUUUCAUACUAUUUUUGAAGUUUCCCAUAUCUUGUUCUUAAUAUUCUCUUCACACGUAUGGACCCAGUCUCCAAAUUAUCCCCCUUGCUUUAUUUAGAUCCUAUACGAUAAAGGAUAACUUUGAAGUAAGGAUGUUAAAGGACAACACAGUGUAAAAUGUAUGAAAGAGAUACUGGCCAAAAAUAGUACGUGAUGGUACCCAUGUUAUCAGAAUGGGACAGGGAGGAUAUUUUGCUUUGUCAGUUCUGAAAAAUAGAUCAACCAUCCUUUGCCACUUUCAAUCUUGUAAAAGUUUUUGUCUGUCUGGCCUUGCUUUAAGGAUCAGUUGAGAAUUCUUUGGGAAAACCCUAAAAGGUUUAAAACCAGAUUCUUAAAACCAAUAACUGAUUUGCCAUAUAAAAAAUGUAUUGACAUCUCUACUUUGAACCAACCUAUGGGUUUUAUUUUAACCAACAUAUUUAAAUUUAAAAGGUAAACAAUGUUUGAAUCAAUGCCACAAUCUUUUAUUAUAUUACUAGAAAUAACCUGCCAAACGGCCGUGGCAUUUCAUGAACUUCCCAUCUACUUAAGUUACUCGACAAAACAUGCAUCCAAUUAGUGCUAACUUCUGGGAAUUUUAUUUUUCAUGCCAGUUGAACACAGCAUUACAGCCAUACGUACAUACAUACUUAAUUGUUUGUGAUGCUGUAUUGCUUACUGUAUGCAUGUCACAUGUAUAGGGAUGAAAUAUUUUUCUAUUAAUAUCAACAACCAUGUUAAAAUGCUAUGCAGCUAUCCCUUGCUCUGACCAACACAAUUACAUUUUCUCAAAAGCUGAUGGACCGGGUUCUGCUUCUCUUGUUAAGCUUGACAUAAGGUAUACACUUUUUAGACAAGAAUUAAAAUAAAGUACAGUUUGAGUUGUCAACAAAUAUAUGAGGCUGAACAUGUCUAGAAAAUAUACUCUAUCAUCAAAUAUAUGAGGCCGAACAUGUCUAGAAAAUGUACUCUAUCAUCAAAUAUAUGAGGCCGAACAUGUCCAUUAUAUUCUUUGUGUACUGUCAUAUUAGACUGAAUAUAUCUAGGGUUUGUACACUGUCAUAAUGAUAUUAGGCUGGCCUCUUCUAACCUCACCACCAUCCAGAUCUCGCCCACCCUCUCCCUGCUAAUAUUCGACCUUCCAUCAUAUCAUUAACCGAGUCUCCCAUCCUAUACCUUAGUGACUCUCCCAUCCUAUCCCCUACUGACUUUCCCAUCCUAUCCCCUACUGACUCUCCCAUCCUAUACCUUAGUGACUCUCCCAUCCUAUCCCCUACUGUCUCUCCCAUCCUAUCCCCUACUGACUCUCCCAUCCUAUCCCUACUGACUCUCCCAUCCUAUCCCCCACUGACUCUCCCAUCCUAUCCCCUACUGACUUUCCCAUCCUAUCCCCUACUGACCGUCCUAACACUUAUAUAUGUCCUCCACUUUCCCAUUACUUAAUGUUACCAUACCCCCUUGCAAUUGCCCUAUUAAGUGCAAUUUAUAUUAUGUUGAUGAAAAUUUGUUAUUUCUUGAUUAGUCAGCGCCUAAUUUAAUGGUAUGUUUUUUACUCAAGGGUGUUAACAAUUUAAUUUAAUGUUGGGUAUAAUUAAAUUUCCUUAAUUAACUUUUCGUAGUUAGGAAUUUUACCCACAUUUGAUUUUUGUUAAUAUGCAUUGUACAUGCUUAAUUCUUUGAGUCUUAGUGCUGUCAUUCAGGCCUGUGCAUUUAUUCAUUAUGCUCCAGUUAAGUCUCAAUUCGGCCAAGACACCCACCUUACCGCAAAAUAAAACAAAAAAACAACCUUAACACCCGCCCCCCCCCUUUCCACCCAUCAUAAUCAGUGGCGCUACAACCCAUGUAGUACACUGGCCUACAGUCCCAUGUACUACCCUGGCCUACAGCCCCAUGUACUACCGUGGCCUACAGCCCAUGUAGUACCCUGGCCUACAGUCCCAUGUACUACCCUGGCCUACAGCCCCAUGUACUACCGUGGCCUACAGCCCAUGUAGUACCCUGGCCUACAGUCCCAUGUAGUACCCUGGCCUACAUCCCAUGUAGUACCCUGGUCUACAACCCAUGUAGUACCCUGGCCUACAGCCCAUAUAGUACCUUGACCUACAGCCCAUUUAGUACCCUGGACUACUUCACCAUAUCCUUACUUUUGGGUCGAUGCUUCACCUGCAGAUCCCCAGCUGAUGUAAGUCCUUUUCCACAUCGUCAAUCCAACUAGUCUUGGUUGACUGGUGAGCUAUCUGCCACUAGGUUGCUGUCUGUAGACUAGAUGACUUUUGCUGCUCUACAAUACGGCAUCCUCUCAAGGUGUCCUGCCCAGCACAGUCUGCAUUUUUAAAAAUUGUAAUGACUGCGGUUGGGUCUUUGAACAACUGGAAUAUCUCCCCCUCAGUGCGUAUGUAAUUUAUGCAUGACCCCUUUCCUUAAUGACCUCAACGACUGACAACAAGCAAGGGUUAUUUAACAAUAUUUUUCAUUUUUAACUUUUUUUGUUAUUUUCAGAAGAAAAUUUGAGCUGUGAAGCCCUCCCUGCUUGAUGAAUCAAGAAAAGUUUUGUUGGCCAAUUGAUUGUUAGUUUACUUUGCCCAGCUUUGCAUUCUGCAUCCAUCCGUAUAUUAAUAUUUUAAUCAUUAAGGUGUUAAAAUACUAUAAGUUUAAUAGAAAGAAGCUGCUAAAUGUAAAAACAACUACACGCUAAAAUGUUGAGUUUUUUAAUAUGACAUUUUAUUUUUACACACUAGUGUAUUUUUCUUGGUCUUUUAGUUGUCAUUCCUUCAAAGAAAUAAACAUGUACUUUAUGAGUAAAUUUUUGACCAAUUCAAUUCAGUGCUGUCAUUGGAAAUCUUUAAUAAUCCUACUUAAAAAAGAUUAUUUGAAGAUUCAAAUCUCAUUUUGUCAACUAUAAUUAUUGUGCAAUGUAGAUUUGAAGAAAACAUUUGUUUAAUUGAUAGUACUUUACAAGAGUUUUUUUAACAGGGUUCAUUUAAUGGCAGAAAUCUAUUAAUAGAAUAUCCGGGUGUACAGUCUGGCCAAUCUCAUUCAGAUAUUUAUAAAAAAUUCUGGUAUUCCGUUUGGCCAAUCUUUAAACGUUAAUGUGAGCCGGCGUAGUGGGCUUUAAAAAUAGUAAAAAAUGUGUUAACUUUAUUUUACGAAAGAUUAUAUAAACAAAUUGUUACUGUUAUAUAUGUGCGGAAAUACAUUGUUAGAAGCUAUGUUUUACGAAAAUAUAUCUAAAAAUAGUAACAUUGCGUAAAGCGAUGUGACGUUUUCCGGUCUUCGAAAUGACAAACCCUAUAGUAAAAAGAUGGGAUAUUAAAGAUUUUGUUUCAGCCUGAUGGAGAACCAAAAUGUGAGCUUAGCAAGAAAACUUGUCGGGAUGGCCUUUCUGUCCCUAAGGUACUGCUACUUAUCUCAGUGACACUUACGGCAUGCGGGAUAAGAUGAAAUGAAUCAGAGGAAAGGUUUAGUUGGCCAAAUUGUAUUUUUGUAUAAAGUAUGCAAACUUACCUUGUCCUAUAUGUACAUAUAUUUUUAGCCACUGGUGAUUUCUUUCUAUAAUUUAAUUGGUCCGUAGCGCCGUUAAUUUCAUUCUGUGAGUUAGGGUUUGUUAUAUAGUGCUUAUUCGACAUCUAUUUUGUGUUGCUAGUUAAGCCAACUUGUUUAUUUUUGUUUUAAUCAUGCUCUGAUUUUAAACGUUGCAGUUUGAGUUCAAUAAAUUAUUUCCUCAGUAACGAAAUGUGUUAAAUUAUUUCCCCUUUAACAAGCUGUGUUGUUGAACAUUUGCUGACAUUAAUUAAUUGUUGAACUAUUUUAUCAAUAUUGAUAAUUCUCUAUCUGGUUUGAUCUGUAUCUAUAAAUAGAUUUAGAGCGCUUUUUAUUUAUUCAUAUUUUCACUCUUCUCUUUAUAUCCCAAAAGAUUAGUUUUCUGUAGUCAAUGCCUUGUUCAAAUACUUUGUACAGUGGGGUGUCGAUUCACUUCACGCUCGUUUGUAUCAAACCUGACACAUAGUCCCUGUUUGUGGUUGUAACAUUUGUGAAGCAUUGAAUUGCUCAAUAUAUUAUUAUCCCAUGUCAACAUUUUGAAAAAAAAAAUAUGGCAAAAUUUUGUUAUUGAUGGUUAAUAAUUCUUUCCUUAAAUGUUGCCUCCUGUUCCUAAAAUAA